CACCACGUUGUUUUUAUUUUUUCGCGGAAAAUUGAAAAUUGUUUACUUGAAGUUCUGCAAACAAUUAAAGAAAAAAAAUGGACCUUACUGACAGAAAAACCGCUGAAAAGUUCAUGGGACAGUACCUCCAGUUUGCAGAGAAGAUGAGACCCGAUAUAGCAAUGAUAGAAGAUCCAGAGGUCAGAGAAGAUGAACUUUGCAAGUGGUUAGAAGGAAUGGAGGAACCAGAGAAACUGUUGUUUGAUUUCUUUGAGACCAACCCAAUGAGUGUCAAUGAUUGGACAACAAAACGGAGAGAGAAUGAACAGAAUGCUUUGACUAAAAUUGAAGAAGUGAAAAAAUUACCAGUUCAAGAUACAAUCUGGAUGAUUGAUGAAUAUACAUCUCUGAGAGAUGAUGAUGGUCAGAAUCACAGGAUCUUGUCUGUAAUGGAUACAAAGAAUCUUUACAUUGGUACACUAAUGGCCAAUAUAUUAGAAUUAUCUCUUGUACAACAGUGUAGAGAUCUGAUCUGUAUUUGUGCAUUAACACCACUGGCAGGAAAACCAAGACGUCCAAAAUCAGUAACGUUUAAAGACCCAUCAUAUGCAGAAAAAGCAGCAGGACUUGACUUAAGUGACCUUGGGAUAAAGUACAUGUAUGAUGGUAUGCCUAAAGAAAAUGAACCAGUCAAGAUGAGGACUUGCUCUGUAUGCAGAUUAAGAGGAACUAAAGAGUUAUUUAAAAAAUGCUCAUCAUGCCAAGCUUUAUUGUACUGUUCAAGAGAUUGUCAGAAGAAAGAUUGGAACAGAAAAGGUGACAUGGGUGCUCAUAGUCACAAAAUAUGGUGUAAAAAGAUGAAGAUUUAUAUGUCAAAAACAGCAGAGAUGAGACAGUUUCCUUUUACCUAUGCACAAGAGACAACCUCAGAAUACUUUGAUAUGGCUGCCUACAAGACAUUUCUAGAGAAACAAGGUGUAUUGGAUCAGGGUCUAUGGAGAAGAGAAUGUAGAUUACAUGGAGACGAGACUAAGUGUUUAUGUUCGGUACCAUUUGGAGAGCUUCCAGAAAGUGAAGACCCAAUAUUUUUGCCAGUGGAAUCCUCCAUCCUAGAUGAGGCUCCAGAAAAAGAGACAAAGUUACUACAUGAUUGGGAGGCUUACUAUGAAUACAGAGGGUUUAGAUUGGACUCUCCAAUAGCAAUAUUACUGCACUGGCCAAUGACAUUGUACCAUAUCAUCAAAUUCUGUUACCCUAAUGAUCAUCCUGAAUGGUGGGACAGUGUAGAUUCCAGCUGUUUUAAGAUAGACCUUAUUGGUGUGGAGAAAGAAGUAGAAAUGUUAUGUUUGUUCAAGGAACUAGGAUAUUUGUGUCCAGAUAUAUCUCUUGACAUUAUGAUGUAUGGUGUAGAGAUAUCUAAAGAUGUUCACAACAAGACAUAUGAACAUAAUAAUGUUAAAAUACAGAUUGUUAAAGGGCCAUAUCAUAAACGUGCUGACGAACACAGGAAACCUCAUUUGGUUGUAGGUUUGAAUGCUGGAUUAGGUGCAUACCAAAUGUGGGGUCAGACAUUAGUCAAACUAAGGACUGAUAGGAUUCCAGCCUAUUUUACAGACUACUGCCAAUACAGCUGUGAAUGUGCUAGAACAGCCGUUGAAGGGUUAACAUUUGGGACAAUAUCAGACCCUGUGGUAAACCCCUUCAGGAACCCUGUCAGAAAGUUAGCAGAAGAAAAUGACAUGCCUUGGUACAGUAAUGGAUUUUUGUAUAGGAUUAUUUAUCCUUCAAAGUGAAACAAUUCUGACUUAACUGGUCUUGAUUCAAUUAGAGAUU